UCCCACAAAAGCACGCUUUUUCUUUUGUAAUGAUUAAUCCAGAAAUUCCCCUGGCAAGAGCCAGAGCGUGCCAAUUCGUAAAGCAAUACUUCAAAUACUUCAAUGACUCAAGAAAGGAGGACUACUUGCCAAAAAUGUAUAGACCCUACUCCGUAGUCGUGUGGUGCGGAAACCCCGUCUCCAUCAAUCAAAACGGCCUUCAGGCAUUCUUCAGAGCGCUCUCCGUAGCGGAGGCGACCGUGGUCACCUGGGACGCGCAGCCGCUCAAAGGAAUCGACGCCGCCGCACCGUCGGAAAACCUCCCCAUCAUCGUUACCGUCUCCGGACUCAUGUCGCGGGGACCGUCCGAGGAGAGGAACUUCCAUCAAACGUUCGUGCUCGCACCCGACUUCGAAAACCAAGAUUCGCCCCUCUAUUACAUAUCUUGCGACCUGUUCAGAUACACCUGA